CAUCGUAGAAACGGACUUCUGACUUACCGAUGGCACUGUGUUACAAUACAUACAUUUUCCUCUUGCUGCCUUCAUUUACGAUUAGUGUCUAUUAACGGAUUUAACGGGCAUAUAUUUCUCAGCACAUAGAGAAUAAAGCUCGCGGACUAUGCGAACCGGCUCCGGGCCUGCGGAUACUCUCGUCAUUGAAGUUGCUGCUAGUCCAAUCAUACCUGGCCUUCGUACCCGACCCGGCGUUGAACGACAUCAAAUCCAGGGCUUUCAUAUCUCGACGGAUGGAAACAACUAAAGUGAGAAGGGGAUAUAUAGUUGUAGCGUGUUCUCGCAAAUUCGAAGAACUCUCGAAGCAGGAUCUCAUAGCUUAUACUCUCAAAAUACCAGUUUAACAAGUAGUAAAAAUACUGUGUCAACCAUCUAUACGUACACUAUGGGGAAAACCGCCUUCAUCCUCCUCGACAUUCAGACCGGAAUUGUCGAGAGGCUUAAUGGCGCCAUGGAUACGGAGAAAUAUCUUGCUAAGGUCUCUUCAACUUUAGCGGCAGCACGACAGGCUGGGAUUCCGGUUGUACAAGUGACAACUGGAUUCCGGCCAAGCUACGCGGAUGCCUCACCACGAAACCCGAUGACAGCACAAGUCCGGGCCGCUGGUUUAUUUAAAGACACGGACGCGGCCGUGCAACUGCAUCCGACUAUUGCCGAGGCGGCGACGGACGAUAUCCACAUCAAGAAGCGACGGGUCUCGGCGCUCUACGGCACCGAUUUGGACAUCGUGUUAAGGUCCUCGGGAAUCGAAAAGAUCAUUGUUGCUGGCCUUGCUACCAGUGGUGCUGUGCUGUCGACGGUUCGCCAGGCCUUUGACAUGGACUAUGAGAUCACGGUCCUUGCCGACUUGUGCGCGGAUACACAGCCUGAGGUGCACGAGACCUUACUUGGAAAAGUCCUCUCAAAACAGGCCACGGUUGUUAAUGCAGAUGAAUGGGUGGCAUCGCUCUAAGCUUUGAAUACUUACUCCGUAGUUGCGAGCGUCUUUGAUUAAUAUCUGGUCAGGCUUGUAAAAACGGGUCAUGUAUUAUGGUAGGGCGCAGGCCACUGGCAGCACUGCAGGUGGAUUCCUACAAAGACACUUCGAGGUA